AUGUAUGAAUUCCUUGUAAAUGAAGAACAAAUGAGAGUGUUGACAACGAAUUUGCUGUUAUUUGCUGUUGGCCUGAUUGUUAUUGCAGAUCGACCGAUGCGAUGCUAUCAAUGUAAUUCAGCGAACGAUGCAAACUGUGAUUCGAGUGAUGCUAAAGAUCUGAAUCAAUAUACCAAGUUAUGUCCAUUACUGAAGGAUGGUACCUAUGCCGGUAAUAAACCUAUUGCAUGCCGUAAAAUUGUUCAAAGCGUAGAAGAGUUACCAGCGCAAAUAAUUAGAGAGUGUGCAUAUACGGGUGAUAAGCAGUUAGACGGAAUACGCAAACAGGGCAAUAAAGCUGUCAAAUUGUUGUAUUACCAUUGCGAAAAUGUAAACGGAGAUAUACCUUGCAAUGGUACACAACAGAUAACGACACGAUAUCUCUCCUUGAUCCUCCUGUUUGUAAUUAUAAUUGCUAUAGUGCAUCCUAAAUAUCAGUAG